GAAAGCAGUUCUCUGGGACCACCUUCUUUUGGCUUCAACCUCUCCUACUCUUGACAUCUGAGUAGCUCAGUGGGAAGCUCCUCUAGGUUCGAGUGUUUAUAUGUAAAGGAGACAGGCCGCUAGGGCUCAGGACCGGGAUUAUCCCAGCUCUGCAGAAACGCGCAGCUAUUGCUGUGGGAGGUGGGGUGGGGAAGUCACAGUUUCCAGUGAAAACUGACAGAGCCUGGUGGCGUUUGGAACCUUCGUGAAAUCUUCUGUCUGGAACCUGAGACUUGCAUGCUAUGGAACACCCGCUGUUUGGCUGCCUGCGCAGCCCCCACGCCACCGCGCAAGGCUUGCACCCGUUUUCCCAGUCCUCUCUCGCCCUCCAUGGAAGGUCUGACCAUAUGUCCUAUCCCGAGCUCUCCACUUCUUCCUCAUCUUGCAUAAUCGCGGGAUACCCCAACGAGGAGGGCAUGUUUGCCAGCCAGCAUCACAGAGGUCACCACCACCACCAUCAUCACCACCACCAUCACCACCAGCAGCAGCAGCACCAGGCUCUGCAAACCAACUGGCACCUCCCGCAGAUGUCCUCCCCUCCGACUGCGGCUCGGCACAGCCUCUGCCUCCAGCCGGACUCGGGAGGUCCCCCGGAGCUGGGGAGCAGCCCGCCGGUCCUGUGUUCCAACUCUUCCAGCUUGGGCUCUAGCACCCCAACAGGAGCUACGUGCGCGCCGGGAGACUACGGACGCCAGGCGCUCUCGCCUACGGAGGCAGAGAAGAGAAGUGGCGGCAAGAGGAAAAGUGACAGCUCAGACUCCCAGGAAGGAAAUUAUAAGUCAGAAGUCAACAGCAAACCCAGGAAGGAAAGGACAGCCUUUACUAAAGAACAAAUCAGAGAACUUGAAGCUGAAUUUGCCCAUCAUAAUUACCUGACCAGACUGAGACGAUAUGAGAUAGCAGUGAACCUGGAUCUCACUGAAAGACAGGUGAAGGUCUGGUUCCAGAACAGGCGAAUGAAGUGGAAGAGGGUAAAAGGAGGGCAGCAAGGAGCAGCAGCUCGAGAAAAGGAACUGGUGAAUGUGAAAAAAGGAACACUUCUCCCUUCAGAGCUAUCGGGAAUUGGAGCAGCCACCCUCCAGCACACAGGGGACUCUUUAGCAAAUGAAGAUAGUCACGACAGUGACCACAGCUCAGAGCACGUACAUUUAUGAUGCAUGCCGAGAAGACCAGUUCCAUUCUCAGGAAAGCAAUGUUGUGAUGGCAAGCCUUACCCUAACAUCGUUUACACAGAAAGAUGACUAUGACAGUGAUUUUUAUUAUUAUUAAAUUCAGGCAUCUCAAGUCUGGUUUUCGUGAUUUAUAGAGGGUUUACACUAAGUGCCACUUAUUAAAGAUGCCUCCACAGUGAAGAUGGAGAAGCUAAACUUGCUUUGAAUAUUCCAGAUGUGUUUUGGUCAUGUGUAUGACAGUGAGCAGAUGUGUUUGCCUUUGCUUGCACUGAAAAUUAAAUCGCUAUCAAGAGCAAACCAUGAGACGUUUUUAUUCAAGAUGCCUCCAAAGUGAAGAUGCAGAAGAUGAACUUACUUUGAACAUUCCGGAUGUUUGCAGUCAUGUGUAUGACAGUGGACAGGUAUUUGCUUUUGCUUGCACUGAAAAUUAAAUUGCUACCAAGAAUAAACCAUGAAACAUUUUAUCCUGAACAGCCACCGUGCCUGAAAUCACUCUUAAGUGGAUAUAAAAUGUAUUUUAACUCUGUAUAUAUUAUACUUAACUCAUUUUUCUGUCCUCACUAAUUUUAGCAAUACAUUCAUAUAAGCUGAUGAAAACAGGCACUCACAAUGAAAACCAGCUUCUUGUCUUUUUAUACCUUUUUGUCAUCCCAAAGACAAUCAGUACAUGCUUCCUGUGUUCAAGUAGAGAAACAUACAGUAGAGUCUGAUAGGACAUAUUCUUGUACCACAGACAAAACAAAUCUUAUGUUGCAUUUACUAUCAGCUGCUGCUAAUACAUAUUUUAAAACUUACCUAGCUCCUCAACUCUUCUUAUCUUAUAGCUUAAAAAAAUUUUUAGGAUCAUAGGCAAGUCAGUUACCUUGCAGAAAGAGCUUUGUAUGACAGACACUGUCUGAUUGUAUUUCUAUAAAAUGUUAGCUAUUAUAAAUAUGAUUUAAUUAACAAGAAAAGGGAUUUCUGCCCAGUUGGUAAUAGUAUUAGACAAGUUGCAAAGCAAAGUUGAUUCCUCAUGUUGAUAGACAACAAAAUUCUGAAUGUCUUGAAAUAAAGACACAUUAUUUUUUCAUAUGUGAUGUAUUCAUACAGAACAACAAUCUUUGUAUUUUGUAAAAAAAAAAUAAAUAAAAAGUGUUUAAUAAAUGAUCCUUUGUAAAUAA